CAAAGAAAAGUCCUGUUUGAUUCCACCCCCUAUGCACAGCAGCAGUUGGAAGGACUUGUUUUCCUUUUUCUUUCUCCCCUUUUUUCCCUUUUUAACCUGUGCUCUGUCAGGUCCAUAAUCAGUUGUGAAUUCAACUCCUUUGCUGACAAUGAAUACCACACACUCUGCAUUUUCAUUUCAACCUGUGCUGCUUAAUGUCACCGAAGACUUCAACGACUCAACUCUGAACAACAGAAGUGGCGAUGGAUUUUGUGAGCAGGUCUUCAUAAAAGCCGAGGUCUUCUUGACUUUAGGGAUCAUCAGCCUCCUGGAAAACAUCCUUGUCAUUCUUGCAGUGCUGAAGAAUGGAAACCUACAUUCUCCCAUGUAUUUCUUCCUCUGUAGCUUGGCUGUGGCAGAUAUGUUGGUGAGCAUGUCAAACGCCCUGGAGACUGUCAUGAUUGCAAUCCUGAGCAACGGCUACUUGAUCAUUGAUGACCACUUCAUCCAGCACAUGGACAAUGUUUUUGACUCAAUGAUUUGUAUUUCUUUGGUAGCCUCAAUUUGCAACCUGUUGGUUAUAGCCAUUGACAGGUACAUAACUAUUUUCUAUGCUCUCCGUUACCACAGCAUCAUGACUGUGAAGAAAGCUUUAACCUUGAUUGUGGUCAUUUGGAUUGCUUGUAUCAUCUGUGGCAUCAUAUUCAUUGCCUACUCAGAGAGCAAAACUGUCAUUGUGUGUCUCAUCACCAUGUUCUUUACCAUGCUCUUCCUCAUGGCCUCCCUCUAUGUCCACAUGUUCCUCUUCGCCCGCCUGCACGUGAAGCGAAUCGCAGCCCUGCCCGUGGAAGGGGUGCCCUACCAGAGGACCUGCAUGAAGGGAGCUGUCACCAUCACCAUAUUGCUGGGUGUCUUCAUUGUCUGCUGGGCACCUUUCUUCCUCCACCUCAUCCUCAUCAUUUCUUGCCCGAUGAAUCCAUACUGCAUCUGCUACACCUCACACUUCAACACUUACCUGGUGUUGAUAAUGUGCAACUCGGUGAUUGACCCACUCAUUUAUGCUUUCCGGAGUCUGGAGAUGAGAAAGACUUUCAAAGAAAUAGUGUGUUGCUGUUAUGGCAUGAGUGUGGGACAGUGCAUGCUGUAAACAUCUGGCUUUGGGUGGAAAAUGCACACAAUAGGUGUAUGCAUUUAUAUGUAUGUAUUGUCAAGAUACACAGCAGCUCACUUUUAAUGCAGUGCCUGAAGGAAGGGUGCAGGAAAGAAAAAUGCCUUCUACAUGAUGCCUUGUUUCAUACUUUUCAGAACGAGAAACAGUUUCAACUGAAUUAUAGGAAGUUUUUUAAGUGGUUAUAACAGAAGGAAAUCCAGA